AUGCAUCCAUCACAACGUUUAUUCUUUCAGUCAGCGGUCAAGCUCUUUGGUGAGCACAAUUCUCAUCUUGCAGCAACCAAACGCACGAGCGCCUAUCGACUAGUCUCUUUCCCUGAACAACCACCACUUUCAUUAUCCCAAAAGAAUGCAGCCAACAAGCUAUUCAGUAAACCAACGCGUUUCUUGCUCAGUAUUCCAGAUCCAAAAGCAUUGCCUGCAUACCGUAAUCCUGAGGUUGCCUUUGUAGGACGCAGCAAUGUUGGGAAAUCAAGUCUCAUAAACCGGCUGGUGAAUAACAGCAAGCUAGUCAAGACGUCGAGCAAGCCUGGCCAUACACGUGCGCUCAACUUUUUCGAUAUUGCGGGACAAAUCACUUUGGUGGAUAUGCCUGGUUACGGUUUUCGAUCAAGGGAGGAAUGGGGUGAAUUGAUUCUCGAGUAUCUUGGCACUCGCAAACAGUUGAAGAGGCUAUUUAUCCUAGUGGAUGCUUCGGCAGGUCUCAAAGAAACGGAUCGGCAGCUUAUGCAAAUGUUGGAUGAUCAACCAUUAUCAUACCAAGUUGUUUUGACCAAGCGUGAUCGAUUAACAGCGGAUGCAUUUGAUAAAGCCCGGGAUGAGAUUGAGCAAUACCUUGUCAAGAAUGCCGUAUGCUGUUACCCACAAUUGUUGGCCACUGGAAAGAGGCGAAAGGCUAAGAAUCAUGUGGAUCAAGCCGAAGAAGACAUUACAAGUGUGCGGUGGGCGGUCAUGGCAGCUGCUAGUAUCAAGCCAAACGCCAAAUGA